CACUGGAUGUCAUAAGGUGAAUGCACCAAUUAGUAAGUCGCUCUGGAUAAGAGCGUCUGCUAAAUGACUUAAAUGUAAUGUAAAAGUCAAUCACACUUCUGUGAAAUCAAACUGUCCACUUAGGAAGCAACACUGAUUGACAAUAAAUUUCACAUGCUGUUGUGCAAAUGGAAUUGACAACAGGUUGAAAUAAUAGGCAAUUAGCAAGACACCCCCAAUAAAGGAGUGGUUUUGCAGGUAGUGACCACAGACCACUUCUCAGUUCCUAUGCGUCCUGGCUGAUGUUUUGGUCACUUUUGAAUGCUGGCGGUGCUUUCACUCUCGUGGUAGCAUGAGACGGAGUCUACAACCCACACAAGUGGCUCAGGUAGUGCAGCUCAUCCAGGAUGGCACAUCAAUGCGAGCUGUGGCCAGAAGGUUUGCUGUGUCUGUUAACGUAGAGUCCAGAGCAUGGAGGCUCUACCAGGAUACAGGCCAGUACAUCAGGAGACGUGGAGGAGGCCGUAGGAGGGCAACAACCCAGCAGCAGGACUGCUACCUACGCCUUUGUGUAAGGAGGAGCAGGCGGAGCCCUGCAAAAUGACCUCCAGCAGGCCACAAAUGUGUGUCUGCUCAAACGGUCCGAAACAGACUCCAUGAGGGUGGUAUGAGGGCCUUAAGUCCACAGGUGGGGGUUGUGCUUACUACAGCCCAACACCGUGCAGGAUGUUUGGCAUUUGCCAGAGAACACCAAGAUUGGCAAAUUCGCCACUGGCGCCCUCUGCUCUUCACAGAUGAAAGCAGGUUCACACUGAGCACGUGACAGAGUAUGGAGACGCCGUGGAGAACGUUCUGCUGCCUGCAACAUCCUCCAGCAUGACCGGUUUGGAGGGGGGUCAGUCAUGGUGUGGGGUGGCAUUUCUUUGUGGGGCCGCUAAGCCAUGUGCUCGCCAGACGUAGCCUGACUGCCAUUAGGUACCGAGAUGAGAUCCUCAGACCCCUUGUGAGACCAUAUGCUGGUGCGGUUGGCCCUGGGUUCCUCCUAAUGCAAGACAAUGCUAGACCUCAUGUGGCUGGAGUGUGUCAGCAGUUCCUGCAAGAGGAAGGCAUUGAUGCUAUUGAUGCUGGCCCGCACGUUCCCCAGACCUGAAUCCAAUUGAGCACAUCUGGGACAUCAUGUCUCGCUCCAUCCACCAACGCCACGUUGCACCACAGACUGUCCAGGAGUUGGCGGAUGCUUUAGUCCAGGUCUGGGAGGAGAUCCCUCAGGAGACCAUCCACCACCUCAUCAGGAGCAUGCCCAGGCGUUGUAGGGAGAGUCUUCUGUCCGUCCAUGACACGGUAGCCCAGAAGAGUUAUGACCCCGAUCUGCCUCCGUUGCCCGAUGACAUCGAUGAUGACGAGGAGUCAGUGAAGAUCAUACGACUGGUCAAGAACAAGGAGCCUCUCGGAGCCACAAUAAAGUGUGAUGAGCACACAGGAGCCAUCCUUGUUGCCAGGAUCAUGAGAGGUGGCGCUGCAGACAGAAGUGGUCUGAUCCGUGUAGGCGACGAGCUGAGGGAAGUGAACGGGAUUCCUGUGGAUGACAAGAAGCCUGAUGAAAUCCUCCGCAUUCUGGCCCAGUCUCAAGGGGCCAUUACGUUUAAAAUAAUACCAGGUAUCAAAGAGGAGGCGCCGAGCAAGGAGCCCAAGAUGUUUGUGAAGACACUGUUUGACUACGAACCAGCGGAGGACAAAGUCAUCCCGUGUAAGGAGGCGGGUCUGACCUUCAAGAGGGGAGAUAUCCUUCAGAUCAUGAGCCAGGAUGAUGCAACCUGGUGGCAGGCCAAACAAGACAGCCAUGCCAACCCCCGCACUGGCCUCAUACCCUCCAAAGAGUUCCAGGAGAGAAGAGUUGCACUGCGUCAGCCCGCCGCCCAUGUUUUUCAGGCCCAGAAGAUCUCCAACAGAAGAUCAUCUGGUUUUCACCGGAGCUUCCGCCUCAGCAGGCGAGACAAGAAGACCAACAAAUCCAUGUAUGAGUGUAAGAAGAGUGAGCAGUACGACAUGGCUGACGUGCCCACCUACGAGGAGGUGACUCCCCACUGCAGGCAGAGUGGGGCCAAGCACAGGCUUGUGGUCCUCGUCGGUCCCACGGGGGUAGGUCUAAAUGAGCUGAAGAGGAAGCUGCUGAUCUCUGACCCCCGACACUUCAGCGUUACCGUGCCACACACCAGCCGGCCGAAGAGGAACCAGGAGAUUGACGGGGUGGAGUAUCACUUCAUCUCCAAAAAUAUAUUUGAGACGGACAUCCAAAACAACAAAUUCGUAGAGCAUGGUGAGUAUAACGGGAACUACUAUGGGACCAGUCUGGACUCUGUGCAUUCUGUCCUGUCCAAGAACAAGGUGUGCCUGCUGGACGUUCAGCCUCAUAUGAUAAAGCACUUGAGGACGGCAGAGUUGAAACCCUACGUGGUGUUUGUGAAGCCGCCGCCCAUCGAGCGCCUGCGGGAGACCAGAAGGAACGCUAAGGUCAUCUCAGGCAAGGACGACAAGGGAUCCGCCACGCCAUUCUCGGAGGAGGACUUCCUGGAAAUGGUGAGCACCGGCCAGCAGAUGGAGAGCCAAUACGGCCACUUGUUUGAGAAGGUGAUCGUCAACGACGACCUGACAGCAGCAUUCAGUGAACUGAAUGGGGCUCUGAAGAAGAUGGAGACAGACACUCACUGGAUACCCAUCAGAUGGACUCACUCCUGAGAACCACGGAGAGAGACUUUUUGAGAAAGAAGAUUAAAAAGGGAAGGACUUUUUAACAAAGUUGUUAGCAUAUUUAUAUAUUUUCCCUUAUUUCUGCCAUGUGUGUGGUGGGCAUGAUUGGAUAGCAGUGAACUGACUUUAUAUAUUGCACUACCCUUUGGUCAAGGUACUAUGUAGGAAAUAUGGUGCCAUUUUGGGACGAAGCCUGUAUCUCUGUCUGGGUCUUCCACUGGGCCCUGUCCAGCUCAGUCAACAGUCAAUGCACUGGACAUCUUGAGGGUGGGGCUGGUCUGAUCUGGUUUUAGACCGCUGCUCUGUCUUCAGAUCGCUUUCACUGUGACUGCCAAUCAGUGCUGUGCCAGUACGUACUGUAACUACAAGCUCCUUCCUUAGUGUGUUUUUUAACAUUAGUUUAUAGAAAACAAAGGGACAGGGCCUCCCGGGUGGCGCAGUGGUUAAGGGCGCUGUACUGCAGCGCCAGCUGUGCCAUCAGAGUCCCUGGGUUCGCGCCCAGGCUCUGUCGUAACCGGCCGCGACCGGGAGGUCUGUGGGGCGACGCACAAUUGGCCUAGCGUCACCUGGGUUAGGGAGUGCUUGGUCGGUAGGGGUGUCCUUGUCUCAUCGCGCACCAGCGACUCCUGUGGUGGGCUGGGCGCAGUGUGCGCUAGCCAAGGUGGCCAGGUGCACGGUGUUUCCUCCGGCGCAUUGGUGCGGCUGGCUUCCGGGUUGGAUGCGCACUGUGUUAAGAAGCAGUGCGGCUUGGUUGGGUUGUGUAUCGGAGGACGCAUGACUUUCAACCUUCGUCUCUCCCGAGCUCGUACGGGAGUUGUAGCGAUGAGACAAGAUAGUAGCUACUACAACCACGAAAUUGGGGAGAAAAAGGGGUAAAAUUUCUAAUUUAAAAAACAAAGGGAUUUGUAUUUUUCUGUUUCUGGAUUGACAGUGGGCGGUGUUUACAUGUACAUUUCUGUAUGUUACUGCAAAGCCUCAAGAAGAGAAUAAUGGGGAAAGAGAUACAAAUAAACAUUUUGCCUUCAA